UCACUUCACUGCUCCAUCUACACAGCAAUCCUCCACACACCCUGCACCCGUCCUACAGGACACACCACAGACCAGCACAUACAGACAGAGAGACAGACAGACCAACAAAGGUAGGGGUUGGACCAUUUGACCAGGACAGACAGACAGGAGUUAGACGAGUAGAGAGAGGAGAGACAGCACAAGGAGGGAAAGAGCGAACAAGGGCAUCUUCUGGUUGUCUUUAUGUUCCUGGAGAAAGACACACACUCACAACACGAGAUGAGUUUAGGAGCAGCCUGCAUCUUCCUGCGUGGGGGAAAGAACACCGAGAGAGAGCUGGCUGAAGACGAGAUUGAAGAGCUCCGGGAGGCCUUUAAUGAGUUCGACAAGGACAAGGACGGCCUGAUCAGCUGUAAGGACCUUGGCAACCUGAUGAGGACCAUGGGCUACAUGCCCACCGAGAUGGAACUCAUAGAACUCAGCCAGAACAUCAACAUGAACCUGGGGGGCCGGGUGGACUUUGAGGACUUCGUGGAGCUCAUGGCCCCCAAGCUGCUGGAGGAGACGGCCGGGAUGAUCGGCAUGAAGGAGCUGAAGGACGCCUUCAAAGAGUUUGACAUGGACGGGGAUGGGGAGAUUACCACAGAGGAACUGCGCCAGGCGAUGACCAAACUGAUGGGCGAGCACAUGGCCGCCAGCGAGAUCGACGCCAUCGUCAAGGAGGCUGACGACAACGGAGAUGGAACCGUCGACUUCGAAGAGUUUGUCCAGAUGAUGUCCCGCCAGUAGGACACCAGUAGGACACCAGUAGGACACCAGUAGGACACCAGAAGACAGGAGAACCCUCAAUCAUCUCAACCUCCUCUGAGCUGCUGAUGAACCACACAGUUUGCAACAGCUCGCCUACACACACACACACACACACACACAGACACACACACACACACACACACACACACACACAC